UUUCAAUCAUGCAUUCAAAUACAGCUUCCACGGCUGUCCGGGCUUUUCCGGCUAUCAAGCAUGUGCGAACCUUCAUUACUCAGGGGCCUGGGUCUGGCGGCGACUAUCACAAUGUCCAUGGGGGCCAUUGGCUGAUAGAUUCCAAGAUCUCAACACCUAUGUCCCAAUACGAAGAAUAUAGGAAAUCGCGGACAAGCUGGGGAAUCAAUGUAUUGGGUUCCUUUUGUGUCGAGAUUGAAGCAUCGGAUGGUAGCAAAGGUUUUGCAACCGGCUUUGGUGGCCCCCCUGCUUGCUGGCUUGUUGCAGAGCAUUUUGAGCGAUUCCUUAUUGGCAAAGACCCACGAGAUACGAACCACAUGUUUGAGCAGAUGUACCGCGCCUCCAUGUUUUACGGGCGGAAAGGACUGCCUGUUGCUGUCAUAUCUGUGAUCGAUCUUGCAAUUUGGGAUCUGUUGGGGAAAAUCCGAAACGAGCCCGUAUACAAGAUGAUUGGUGGAGCAACUCGGGAAAGAUUGAACUUCUAUUGCACCGGCCCAGAACCUGCAGCGGCAAAGGCCAUGGGGUUUUUUGGUGCAAAGGUUCCGCUCCCAUAUGGUCCUGGUGAGGGCGUUGAGGGGUUGAAGAAGAAUGUCGAGUUUCUCCGGAAACACCGUGAGAGCGUUGGUCCUGACUUUCCCCUCAUGGUUGACUGCUACAUGAGCUUGAACGUCCCAUAUACAAUUGAGGUUGUCAAGGCUUGCGAAGACCUCAACUUGAACUGGUGGGAGGAGUGCUUAUCCCCCGACGACUCAGAUGGCUUUGAGCUUAUUAAGCGCGCUCAUCCCACCAUGAAGUUUACUACGGGCGAGCAUGAAUAUUCCAGGUAUGGGUUCCGGAAAUUGAUCGAGGGCCGAAACCUGGACAUCCUCCAGCCAGAUGUCAUGUGGGUCGGAGGUAUGACGGAAUUGCUCAAAGUCGCCGCUAUGGCCGCCGCGUAUGACAUUCCCGUCGUUCCUCAUGCCAGCGGACCCUAUUCGUACCAUUUCGUCGUCAGCCAGGCGAACUCGCCAUUCCAGGAGUAUUUGGCCAAUUCCCCAGACGGCAAGUCAGUCUUACCAGUGUUUGGUGAUUUGUUCCUCAACGAACCUAUUCCAACGAAGGGAUAUCUAGAUGUCUCUGAUCUAGACAGACCUGGGUUUGGGCUCGAAUUAAACCCCAAUGCCAGAUUAAUAGAUGCAACCCGCAUUCUAAACCCAGCGCCAGCCGAGCCACUGAAAGUUGAGGAACCGCAAACCAAUGGUGUUCAAGCAAAUGGCCACGCAUUCAUUACCACUUUCUUCUUUCGUAUGGCCUCUUCAAUUUUCCUGCAUCUGAACAUUGGCUCCUUUCUCCUUGAUCCAAUUCUCCACAUUCCCCUUCUCGUCAGACAUUCGAGCUCCGCUUACCCCGCUUGCAUCAUGGCCGCCGUCAAAGAAACCGUGAACACGCUCCUCGAAAAAUUGCACGUCACAGGCGGUGAAAACGGUGCUCCUACCACGGAGCCCAGCGAAGAGCAAGUCAAAGAACUGAGGUCCAAGUACGAGAAGGCGGGCCAAGAACAGGUCUUCGCAUUCUAUGACAGCCUCUCCACGGCAGAGAAGGCAGGACUCUUCGCCCAGCUCUCCGGCUUCACCCCUGACUACAUCAACGAGAUUACAGACAAGGCACUGCAUCCCCCAAAACAGGAAUCCACCGAAUCGACCAUCGAGCCCUUGCCUGAUAAUGCCACAUGUUCGGCGCUGGACUCCAAGGCGGAGGAUUUGGAGAAAUGGUAUAAUAGCGGUCUGGAGCUGAUUGCGAAGAACAAGGUUGCGGUGGUAUUGAUGGCUGGUGGGCAGGGCACUCGAUUGGGUAGUUCUGCCCCUAAAGGCUGCUUUGAUAUUGGUCUCCCCAGCAAGAAGUCCCUGUUUCAGCUGCAAGGUGAGAGGAUUUCGAAGGUGGAGCAGUUGGCUAAGAAGAAGUAUGGUCAGGAUAGGGUGACGGUGCCGUGGUAUGUUAUGACCAGUGGACCGACGCGGGGCCCUACGGAGAAGUUCUUUGAGGAGAAUAGCUAUUUUGGUCUCAAGAAGGAGAAUGUCGUUAUCUUCGAGCAGGGCGUGCUUCCUUGCAUCUCGAAUGAAGGCAAGAUUCUACUUGAGAGCAAGUCAAAAGUUGCUGUGGCCCCCGACGGCAACGGCGGUAUCUACCAAGCCCUCAUCCAAUCCGGCGUCGUGGCCGAUAUGUCUAAACGCGGCAUCCAACACAUCCACGCCUACUGCGUUGACAACUGUCUCGUAAAAGUCGCCGAUCCUGUCUUCAUCGGCUUCUCAGCCUCUAAAGAUGUCGACAUCGCUACAAAGGUCGUCCGGAAACGAAAUGCUAAGGAAUCCGUCGGUCUGAUCCUCCAAAAGAAUGGCCGACCAGACGUCGUCGAGUACUCUGAGAUCGACACCAAAGACGCGGAAGCAAAGGACCCCAAGAACUCGGAGUUGUUAAAGUUCCGCGCUGCGAAUAUUGUGAACCACUACUACUCGUACCGUUUUCUGGAGAGCAUCCCAGAGUGGGCGAAGAAGCUGCCUCACCAUGUUGCGCGCAAGAAGAUUCCGUAUGUGGAUACAGAGAAGGGCGAGACAGUCAAGCCGGAGAAGCCGAAUGGUAUCAAACUGGAGCAGUUUGUUUUCGACUGUUUCCCUUUCCUCACUAUGGACAAGUUCGCUUGCAUGGAGGUUAAGCGUGAAGAUGAGUUCUCGCCGUUGAAGAAUGCGAGAGGGACUGGAGAGGAUGAUCCAGAUACGAGCAAGAAGGAUAUCAUGACACAAGGCGCGAAGUGGGUGCGGGCUGCGGGCGCUGUUGUUGUGAGCGAGGGUGCGGAAGAUGGUAUUGAGGUUUCGCCGUUGAUCUCAUAUGGCGGCGAAGGUCUUGAUUUCCUCAAGGACCGUACGAUCAAGGCUCCCGCAGUCAUCGAGAAGGAGGACUAAGUAUCAUGGCGACUCAUAACUUUCCUUAAUGAAUGAACUUAAAAGUCCAUUGCGGAUCCGGGGGACAAUAAAAGAUAGAACCAACCAUAUAUUAAGAAAAGACUGUUCCGCACCUACCGCAUGUUAGCACAUCAUGGAAACUCGGGCUCAGGUUAAGAAGUGUGCAUCCGCUUGACGUUCUC